GGUGUAGGCGGACGGAGCAUUACGUGAAGCCAAGGGCAAGCUGCGACCUUGAACAUGUAGAGCAAGUUAUUUUUAGGCUAUGACGACUCCUCGCACCCGUGCAUGUUGGGGCAUGCAGCGAGGUCGCCGCUAUAUAAGUGGGGAGGAUGUGUAAAGAGGCAGCAGUCUUCGCAUCGCUUCGGGAAUGUGCGGAGCUCGCUUGAAAAUGCCUAGAUGCGUGUUCUGCUUUUUUGAUCCUCAUGAUAUCGGUGAUGAUGAGCCAUUGGAAGAGAAUUCACCAUCUUCUCCAGACAUUUCACCUGGCACAUUGCAUGCUCACGUCGAGCGAUCACAUCCCUAUGUGGACAUUUCCUUCCUGCCUUUCUUUCAAACUGAUAGCGCAUUUCGAGGUACCGUCAAAGCGUUUGUGCUAUUGGCAUCUGUUCACGAUCAGGGAGUAGAGGACUUGCGACAAUAUUUAAUGAACAACCUCCACAAUAUAAUUGCUAUUUUGCGAGCGCAAAGAAUACCCUUUAGAUUUUGCAUUUGUUCUGACGUUCUAAUGAUGAAAGAAAAUCGAGGGGAUAUAACCGCACACAUAGCUCAUUUUAUGGCGCUUGCUCGCGAAGUCCACAGCGACGGAGCUAUUGCAAAUACUUUGAUGGACGUGAUUCAGGAGUCCACCGGGCGCAUUGAAAAUUACCAGCGUGAGGGUAGUGGGUUUGUAUCCACCGACGUCCAAAAAGUUCAAAUGUGUAUUUCCGCUGUGAAAACUAAAACGUUUGGAUGCGAGGGGGUACUUCCCACAAAUUUGGCUAAACGCAGGAACGUGUUAACGAAUAUCCAUUUACCAGCACGCAAGGACCCAGUAAACCAUAUAUGUCUCAGAAACGUCCACACGAUGUCCCACUUGGGAUUUUGGGAUAUCCCAGGGACUAGGCUGAAUAGCCCGUUGACGUCUCUGGGACAGACAGAGGACCCGUAUUUCUUCCGCAUUUGCUGAUCCAGGGAAGGUUCCAGGAAUGUCUCUCAGGGAUAUUUGGACAUAUAGAGGACAUAUACAGGACGUGUUAUUAUUAUUGUAUUUUGUUGCUUUUUUUGCAAUUUUUACUUAUUCUACGGAAAAUACUACUCUGCAACAGAGAACAUCGUGUCAACGAACUCUUGUUUAUUGAACACAAACCAAGUACACUAAUGUUACAUGCACUGCAAAAAACGCUGUUUCUAAUGGUACAAAAUAUGAUAUUUCAACAUAAAUAGGCUAACUAUUAACAAUAUAGGGUGACACUGAUAAGACGCAUAAUAAGACGAUAAUGGUCAUAAUAAUAAUAAUCACGUGAUUGCUACGCCACUUCGGAACCGUCAUCCCUGAAAGAUAACCAAUAACAUAGUUAAUUCCAUCUAUUGGGAUAGCAGCUCAAACACUGCCAUAAAUAGGCGUAAAGAACAGACACUCUGCAAAAAGUGGGAACAAAUGCAAGACACUGACUUACCGCAGUUUCUUUCGGAGUAUAGAUGGUUACAUGCGGAAGCAUCCUAAUCACUGGUAGACCCAAGCGACUUCUUCUGGUUUAUGCCUGGCUCUUCAGUGUUGUAGAGACACCAGGAACUUUACACAUGUGUGAGGCUAUCCAUGGGUGUGUGUGGAUACUGUAAAAGCAGUCAUGUUUUAUUAAUCUCGAGUCACAUCGCGUCCAUGUGACAUUCAAGCAAGAUUAGCAGUCAUGCAAAAAACAAGGAACUUUGAAAAACAGUGCAGUCAAACGUGAAAACAUAACUGCUAUCCUUUAUAUGAAAGACAACUGUAGCUGAGCCGAGAUUAUCGACUAGCAGGCUUCGCAUAGUUCAUAGAAUUGCUUCACCAUUGCUUUCAUCAUCCCCAAUGCAAGAUAUCACAGGGACCUAUAAAAUAGUAGAUGAAUCAAAGAGAUGUGAAGAAAUGCACUUGCACUUUGUACCUGUACACACACAAUCUCACACAGUUCCACCGUUCGCAUGAGUUCGUCAGUGAUACGCACCACACUUCGCAGGUAAAGCAAACUAUACUGUUUACUCAGAUACAAAGCUGUCAUUGCUCCACACCUCUACCACAUGUGAUUGUUGAAAAAACAACAACGCACAAAUCUUAAGUGAGGCAAAAGGAAGAAAGAACCCACCUUAACUCCAAAGCCGGAGAACAAAGGAACGCUAGCUCUCGCACACCACGGCAAUCGUUGUUAUGCACAACGUAGUUGUUCGGAGUACUGGCCAGUACUGCCUCGAUGCUCCCAAGAUUCCAGUACAAAAUACGCAGGAUGCUGAAGUUCCAAAGACCCUUCCGUGUAACAUGCCAUAUCCUACAGAACCGCUACGACGACACGCCUCGCCUGUUUGAAACGGCGGUUGGGGAAUGUCGAUGGCGAUGAGGCAGACGUCGUUACGCUUCGGCUCGCGCUAGUUGGAAACUUCAUUCUUGUUAUAUCCCUCAACAUACGUGACCGAUCAUUAUAGUUCCCGCAGAAAAGGUAAAAUAUGUUUUUUUUUCUCUCUUUUGUUUAUUGACUAUGGUGCGAUACGUGAUGAGUCGUUACAAAUAUGAUUACAAAAAUUAUGGCUAUGAGGGUAUCAAAUAAAUAUUAUUAUUACGAGGAAAAAGUGAGAUAAGUACCACAUCAAACAGGCCUUCAACAAAUUGGGUGCGCAGUAUGUUGAGUAAAGACGCAGCGACUUUUCCGUUCGUGAUAAAGGUUGACAACAGGGAGUUUUAGUUCCCACUAUGAUAACACGCCAAUCGAUACGAUCUCGGAAAAACAGAUACGACUCACGAGUCGGUGGGAAUGAUUCGUAAAGCGCUUGUCCGCAGUUUUAGUUUGCUGACGAAGAGUCACCGAGAACGGCCCACCGAUACGGAAAAUCAAGCGGGAUGCCAUCUGUUCGUGCAAAUCUUAACUUCGUUUACUAGUAUCCAGUUACAUUAUGCGCAUGAAACGCGUGUUUCAAGCAUUUGUAUCAAUAGUUGUGGAAGAUGUAAUGUUGCUAAAUGUUUCUCUGCGCAUUUAUGCGCUGCCAACAGCUUUUGGUCAAAAAUAGUCCGCGAAACAAUGCACAUCUUCACUUAGGCUUAGGUCCUGCUGUCCUCUCUCCGUCUGUCCACAUCUGUACGCCGCUCGUAGCCACAGUUGCUUCGCGGCGCUAACACGCAAAAAAAAACUUAGGCUUAGGCGUCCAGACGGGGGAAGUCACACAAGUAUUAUGUACAUUAAGUACACCUUACAUCCUUGUAAGGUAAAGAAAUGUCAUUGUUGUGAUAUUCGUAGUAUAUCCACAGAAUAUUCACUGGGGGAUAUUUGUGACGUCUCAUGGUGGAUAUACAGCGGACGUUGUGAGGAUACGCGUGACAUCUGUGACGUGUGAGACCAAUUUGGGAGGUCUGUGGGAUAUUGAUGGUUUGCUGGGGAGGGUGAAUGUUUUAAAUACAAUACACUCGCUCUCCUGCAUCCACAGGAAAGGAAUUCGUGGAAAAAAUGUGAAAAUUAUGCAGCAGAUUACUGGUGGCCAAGCCGCUUCCCUGUUUCAUUCUCUGAUCUGGAUGAAUUUGAAGUCCAAAACGAGAUAUCCGUGUAUGUUUACGCCUAUGUCGAUCAUGGAGUGCACGUGUCGCGACCCGCAAAACUGGAAUUCGAAAAGAAAAUUCAUCUUUUGGAGGUUGAUGAGCAUUUUUUUGGAAUAAAGUCCCUCGAACGCUUGUUGACAACAAGAAGUAACCAUUUUGUAUGCGAACGCUGCACACGCUCUUUCGUGAAGGAAGAGAGCAUGGCGAAACAUCGACGCUUUUGCACGGACAUAAACGAAAUCCUGUUGGAAUUUUGCGAGCCGGGAAAAAAUUUUGUAGAGUUUACUAAAAUACAGUACAUGCAACAGUACAACUAUGUCAUUGCGUUGGACACUGAGAGCGUACUCGCACCCAGUGGUGUUGGCAUGCAACGUCACAUUACCUCUAGCUUCUGUGCUGUGCUCGUGCGUACCCGUGACUCAAAGGUGAUGCGCAUUAGAACACACCAUGGGGAAGAUGCGGCAAAGCAGUGUGUGAAGGCACUCAUGGAAAUGCGUGAUGAAAUGAUUGCCUUGAAUGCCUGCCCCGCUGCAAUGGUGUUGAGCGAUGAACAACAGGCCAAGCACAGAGCUGCUACCCUCUGUGCAUAUUGUAAACGGGAAUUCGCGAAAGACCUACCUCGUGUCCGGCAUCAUGAUCAUUCGAAGCAUUGUACUGCGGGUGAGACAAAUUAUAUCGCGACACUGUGCAACCCCUGUAACGUCGCGUGCACUACCAGAGAAAAAUUGCCGAUCAUGGUCCACAAUUUGUCUUAUGAUCUGGCUGGACUGUUACGGGAAUUUCACGUUCUCGGGUGGAAGCGACCUCCCUUCAUUGUGGCCAGCUCCAUGGAAAAAAUUUGUUCGUUCGAAAUUGGUACCUUCCUCUUCAGAGAUACCAUGCAGUACCUAAAUUCGUCGUUGGGGGACCUCGUGGAAACCGUCAAAUCCAUGGGGGGAGCCGAGGCAUUCCAAUGCUUGAAGCAGGUAUUUGGAAAGGACUACGAAAUUUUACUUCGUAAAGGUGUAUUCCCGUACAGCUAUGUCAGUUCUUUCGCAGUUUACGAUGAAUUGACCUUGCCAGAAAAAUCCUUCUUUCGAAACGAUCUCACGGGGGAGGAUAUAAGUGAGAAGGACUACCAGUAUGCAUUGCUCGUAUUUAAACAUUUUGGGUGCUCAAAUUUGAGGGAUUAUAAUGCAUUGUACCUGAAAACGGAUGCCAUAUUACAUGCGGACUUGAUGCAGCACUUCCGACGUCUGUGCUACAGCGCGCGCGGAUUGGAAUUGCUUCAUUGUGUUUCUCUGGCAUCCUAUUCGUGGCAAUGCGCACUAAAUUACACGCAGGCAAAAUUGGAAUUGAUCACCGAAGAGGACAUGUACAGAACCAUCGAAUCAGGCGUUAGAGGUGGGCUCUGUCAGGCGAGCAGGCGUCAUUUGCAGGCUAACAACCCUCUGUGUAGUGGCUAUGAUCCCGAUAAAGAGGAGGUGUACAUAUCAUACAUAGAUUGCAACAAUCUUUAUGGAUUUAGUAUGAUAAAGCACCUCCCCGUCGGUGAUGGUCGAAUGGGUCGAGGAUUUUAGCUCUGUGGAUUUUAUGCGUCACCCCACAGAUUCUGAUGUGGGGUACGUGUAUGUAUGCGACUUGGAGUAUCCAAAAUCUAUCCACGCUCUAACGCGAUACUUCCCCCUGGCUCCCGAGAAGGCGGUGGUCCCGGAGGAAUGGCUCUCGCCAUUCCAGCGAGGGCUUCUCGAAGAAUUAAUGUAUCAGCCAGCUAACAGCAAAAAGCUGCUGCUCACGUGCAAGGACAAGGUCGAGUACGUUGUUCAUUACGCACUGCUCGCACUCUACUGUAGAUUGGGCAUGAGGGUGACAAAAAUUCACAGAAUCCUAAAAUUUCGCCAGGCACCAUUCCUGCGUCCCUAUAUUGAGGACAAUGUUGCCAGGCGCGUUGCCUCGAGCACAACGUUCGAAAAAAAUUUCUAUAAACUCUCAAAUAAUGCGGUAUUCGGGAGAACGCUUUUAAAUAAAUUUAACAUGCGGGACAUUCGAGUAGCCUUCGAUGAGGAGACGGCGAGUCGCCUCGGGAGUCGGGCAGAAUGCGUGAGGAUGGAAAUUUUGUCCCCGGAUUGUGUCAUGUACGAAAUGCGCAAAAGAAAAGUGCGAUGCGAUUUCCCGCUCCAGAUUGGGUUUACAAUUUUAGAACUCAGUAAAUUAACCAUGUACUCAUUCUAUUAUGAAACCUUGCUGAGCAAGCUCACUUGUCCGGUGAUUACCUGUUACUUUGACACGGAUUCUCUGAUCCUUGGCCUAUUCUGCAAGGACUACGAAGAUCAGUUACGAGCGAUCGCCGACGACCACUUAGAUUUGUCUUCCUUUGAUCGGGAUCAUCCACUGUACAGUGAAAAGAAUCGUGGAAGACUUGGGGCAUUCAAAAGCGAAACUGGUAGUGUACCUAUAGAAGAAGUAAUAUGCUUGAAAGCUAAAAUGUACUCUAUCAAACUAGCUGGAGAAAAGCAAAUUGCAAGAGCUAAAGGGGUAAAGAAAAAUAUUGUACGCAAGCACCUCCUCCAUGAGACAUACUACGAUACCUUGUUCAAUCACACGAGCGUAUCGAAUGAGAAAGUGUCAAUAGUUGGAAAGAAACAGUGCAUGUACACCAUCAGAAAUGUCAAAAGAAGUCUGAUGGCAUAUGACGACAAGCGAUACCUCUGCAAUGACAUCGAAUCCUACCCUUACGGAAGCUGUGAAUAUGAAGAUGUGCAGGAAGAGAACUGAUACUUCUGUGACAUGCUGUUCUCGCGUGCGGUCUGGGACUGAGCCGUGGAUGGAGAAAGACGA